UCAAGUGUAGUUCACGUAAACAUUAGUGUGUAACGCGGCGUGCUGUGGGCUAUUUUUGGGAAUCUUUCUGUGAUUUAUGGAAAAAUAUGUCGAAAUUAUGAUAAAUCAUUGAAAUGUGUGCAAUUCAAAGUGGAAGAAUAUCGUCUUUUGAUAUAUACUCGUAUAAGGGGAAAUAUAAAAAUCUACCUUCACGGUAGGCCAAUUACAUAAUGGCAAAUGAAAUAAAGUAGAUGCCACCACGCUGUGCCUUUAGAAGACGUAUACGAAAACGAAAAUGUCGAAAUCCGUGCGAAGUUCGCGUCGCACCAGCCGCGCCGGUUCCUCGAAUUCAUCAUCCUCCCCCAGCAAUCAACCACGAAAGCGGGUCAAGCGCUGCUGCCGUAAUUUCGUCACUUUUAUGUGCACGCAAGUGGGCGUGGGCGCAUUAAUAGUACUUUAUGCCAUCUUUGGUGCUCUUUCCUUUAUGCAUAUAGAGCGUGAAUAUAUCGAUGAGACAACAGAGCAAGUCAGUGAGUUACGGCAUAAUUGUGCCGAGAAAUUGUGGAACAUCACAGAAAAGUUCAAUACCUUCGAUCGCAGUGAGUGGCAAAACAAUACGGACGUCAUAUUGCGGCAAUACCAAACAGAGAUAGCCAUGUUGAUAAAAAAUGGCUAUGUGGGCCGUACGCCAGAACAAAUUUGGUCAUUUCCCGCGGCGCUGAUGUUCUGCCUGUCUGUCAUCACAAUGAUCGGUUAUGGCAAUAUGGUGCCUCGUACACCUUGGGGCAAAGGCUUCACAGUCAUCUACGCCACAUUCGGUAUACCACUUUAUAUACUCUACUUCCUGAAUAUGGGCAAAGUGUUGGCGCGCUCUUUCAAAUUCCUAUACCGCAGCAUGCAUGAGUGUGCACAGGAGCGUACGGUCUACGAAUCACGUUUGGAUGCGCUUGAAAAUGGCAGUUUAGGCGCAUUACAACGCAAGAAAAUUAUCGUGCCAUCCACCGCUUGCCUAUGGGUAAUUAUAUCCUACAUAAUAACCGGCACCAUUAUGUUUGCCAAUUGGGAGAAAUGGUCUUUUCUGAAUUCCUUCUACUUCUGCAUGACGUCGCUAUGUAAAAUUGGGUUUGGAGAUUUUGUGCCUGGUGCGUCCUUGAUUACUGCAGCUGAUAUUGAUGCAGCGUCACUGAAAAUAAGAGAAGACUCAGCGGCUGAUCCCGAAGAGAUAUUCAAUAUGCAACUAAUUACCGAUCAAAAUUCUAAAUUGGCAAUCAAUUUUUUCUAUAUGCUAAUUGGCAUGGGGCUGGUAUCCAUGUGCUAUAAUCUGAUGCGUGAGGCUGUGCGCAUGAAAAUCAAAGAGAUAACGGAGGAUACAAAAUUAUGCGUUGAGGACACACGCACACGUUUUAUGCGAUGCUGUGGGACGCGUGAAUACUAUGACGAAGACUAUUAUUAAACAAAAUUAUUUAAAGACAUUCGAUAACAAUUUUCUUUAGUAUGUUAAGUGGAUGGAUACCGGCGCGUAAAGCGAGCGUGUGUUAUAGUGUGUUUGGACUUUUUAUCGACAUU